CUUCUGCAACAAGUCAUAGUGCAAAUGGAUAUCCCGCGUUGGAAAAAGACAAGAUAAAAAUAGAAUUCUUACUCAUUGACCAAAGCCACAUUGCCAGAGUGUCAUGGAAACCCCCAGCUGGUACAGUAUGAUUGUUAUAAGAAUUAUAAUUUUACAAACGUUAUCCAGACGUUGAUAAUUUUGGAUAUAUCAUAAAAACCGCAUUUAUUAGCAUUAUUAUUUGUUUUCAAUUAUUGUACAUUGUGUAGAACUAUAGCUCAAUUAUAAACAACCUGUUUUUUUGGAAGGCAAUAAAACACAACAAGCAAAUUGUACAGUACAGUGAACAGUUCGCUUUCAUUUGUUGGACCCGCUGAUUUGCUGUCUAUAUAUUCGUAAAUCGUAACUAUUUUUAUAUUGCUGCUCAAAGGCCGUGGAAGGGCACCCAUCAGUAGUGUAUCGAUCCAACGUCUAUGUUAUCGAAACGUUAUAAGUACAGCACAUAAAUUUUGCCUCAUUGGAAAAAGAUACUUUCAGUCCAGAAAAAGACACUUUGAAUCCUGACAAAGACACUUUCAUUCGAGAAGAAGAGGGCAAAUUCCUUCCAGAAAAGGGGCAUUUUUUCCAUUUUUUUGUUUUCAAAAAAGAAGAGUGGAGGAGGGGGUGCAUGCUCUCAUGACACUGCGAAUUCAAUGUUUUUUUGUUACGUUCGCGUACUAGAUGUAUCACAUCUUAAGCUCGCUGAUCACAUGCAUCUUAAUAUUAUGUAUCCUGAUCGCGCAUCGUUCAUAUUCGUAAAAUGCAUAGUAAUAACGUUCUAUUAUACUGUAUUUCACAGCUAGAGGAGUACCAAUAGAUGGAUUCUUAGUUUCAUGGACACGCGCCAGUUUUGGCUUUGUCAUAAACUCCACGUUUGUCAGUAAUGAGGUAUUUAUCAGUUUUUUCAUGAUUAUAUUCUCCACAUUGAAUUUUGUUUAAGUAAACAAUUGUUUAUACGAAAUUUCGUCUACUUUUAUUUGUUGUUGCAUUGCAAUAAAAUUGCAUUGCCCUUCAGGGACGGAUUUUCAUAUUUUCGUUCGGGGGGGGGGGGAUAAAUAUACUUUUCUAGGCCUGCAUGGCCGCAUCUGAGACCAUAACUGAAUAUUAGUAAUUUUACAAAUUUAUUAGUAAGAAUAAUUCCCAUUGCAGCAGUUUUUAAGCUAUAUACUUGCAAAUUUGAACGUAAAAUCCUUGGAUCCCUAGUUACAAUAAUUCAAUUACAAGGUGUAUAUUUUUACAAUUCGUUUUAAGGAAAAGGUGGCAAACAUUUUUUUGGACGAGGCGUUGGUAAUAUAUAUAAUUUGUCGGGGCGCAAAAACUUUUUUGGGCGGUGCCUUUUGUGGCUGUUGCCCUCAACUAAUUAUAACCUAAUGAUGAAUAACUAUGUGUUUUGUUGAAUACAGACAACAACGCAUGAUAUCAGGCCAUCAUUGCUGAUCUGGAACUACGACGACCAGUUACUUAUCAUUGUAAGUGUAUGUAUUUUAAACUAUCUCGACAAUGGCCAGAAGCCGGUUGUUCAAAGCAUGAUUAAUGCUAAUCCUGGGUUAAAAUUUAACCCAUUGUUUUGGUUUAUGUAUUUCUGAACGUCUUGUUAUCUCAGAACUUUACAAAAUGUAGGAACUAAAUUUAGGAACUAAAAGGACUUAAAGGUUAGAGCGCUUCUUCUCGUGUUGUUAUUCUUUUUUCAGCUACAUACACAUCUGCCGGCACGGACUCAAACCCAUGCAUACUCCCAUAGAGAUUAUAAAAGAAUAGAGUUGGCAUUGCGGUUAUAAAACUGACCCAGAGACAAUAUGAAGCUUCCUAGUGGGGGCAAAUAACCGUCUCUGAUUGGCUAAAAUCUCGUUGCCCGGAUGUAAAUUGUCUUUCCCGGAUGCAAAGCCGCGUUGUUCAGGAGGAGCGGCAAAUUACGAAAAUAAUACAACUUUGAAAAAUCAACAAGAAAUCGACCAAUCACUUACGGUGUCCCCCAAUGUUCAAUAAUAGGUCCCCUUUUAUUCUUGGUCUAUAUCAAUGUUUUGCCAAACUGUCUGAACAAUGGCUUAUUGAGUAUGUACGCGGAUGACACAAAUAUUAGCUUCCAAAGCUCUAAUCUUUCUGAUCUUGAAGAAAUUAUGAACACCGAGCUGAGUAGUUUAAAGGCCUGGCUCAAUGCGAACAGAUUAAGCUUAAAUUUUACUAAAACUGAAUUGAUGGUCAUUGGCUCUCGACAGAGGUUGAUGUACCAUGAUCGGCAUGAUGUUAACAAUCUUAAUAUAUGCGUAGAUAACACUCAAAUUAAAAGAGUAAUUUGCACGAAAUCCUUAUGUGUAACAAUUGAUGAAAAUUUAACUUGGAAGAACCAUAUUGAUACUAUCUGUAAAAAAGUAUCCUCAUGAAUUGGUGCCCUCAAACGAGUGAGGCGAUUUGUAAACAGGGAAACUGCAGUGAAAGCGUGCAGAGGCUUAAUUGAGCCUUACCUUAAUUACUGCUACCCGGUUUGGGACGGUAUCGGCAGCGAGCUGAGCAGUAAGUUACAAAAGUUACAAAACCGUGCUGCUCGUACGAUCACCGAAAGCACAUAUGAAAACUCCUCGAAUUCUUUACUGGAGGAGUUAAACUGGCACCAGUUAUCUAUUAAUCGCAAAAAGCUUAAAGCAAUUCUUAUGUAUCAAACUAUAAACAAGAGGGUACCUGAAUAUCUACAAGACAUAUUUACUUCGCGAUCUUGUCCUUACAGAUUGAGAAACAAUGAAAAUACAUUAUUUGUCCCUAAGCCACAUACAGAUUAUCUAAAGCGCUCACUCAGCUACGAUGGAGCUGUUUUAUGGAAUAGUUUACCAACUGAACUUCGUUCGGCGCAAUCUCUUAGUGCUUUUAAACGAGGUCUAGAAUGUUGGUUAGCUUAGAUUCACACACGGCAAUCAUGUAAAUCAGUACUGUUCUGUCUUUUGUAAAUAGCAUUUGUAUUUUUUUCCUUUUCCUCCUUUUUCUAUACUUUAUAUACAUCUAUAUUAUGUAAAUUUUUACUGAUGAUUCUACCGUGUCAAAAUAAAGUUUAUAAUAAUAAUAAUAAUAAUAAUAAUAAUAAUAAUAAUAAUAAUAAUAAUAAUAAUAAUAAUAAUAAUAAUAAUAAUAAUAAUAAUAAUAAUAAUAAUAAUGAAAACUUUAUUGAAUUUUUUAUGCACUUACAAUUGAAAAUCUCACUGUUAAAGGUAAUUUACAAUUGGCUACUUGAUACACUAUACAUUACUACAUUUACAUAACACAUGGUCAUAAUUAUAUGAUACAAAAAGUAACAGACUAACUAGAAGUUCAUUAAAUCUGGAUUCGACCAAUCCUUGUUUCUACAACAGAAAACGUAAUAUGUCGUUCUUAUUGCAAUGUUAAUGAUUUUCCUAAUGGUAUAUUUAACACAGGCCUUAUCUGAGUUCAAAUGUUCCAACAUUUGUAUAAAAUCUGACGAUUCUUUUUCAAAAACACCGAGUGCACUGAUUGAGAGGUUAAUGAACUUUACCGGCCGGAAUUUUUUCUUUUGUUCUACGAUCAUCUCUUUAUAUUUUGAGUAUUUGCGCUGUAUAUUAUUCCUUAGGUUAGUCUCAUAUCCAACGGUUAGUUCGAGUACAUAUAGACAAUUGUCUUUGGUCAAAAUUAGUAGAUCAGGACGAAAGUCAUCGCCAGUAAUAACAGAGGGAUUAGGGAAUGACGGUAAAUCAGCAUAAAUGGUCUGAAUAUGUUCUGAUGGGAGGUUAUUAGCAAUAAAAUUUAGGAUUGAGUCGUGUCUCCAAGUAAAUCGAUCAAGAUAGGAACUACAGCCAGCAACAACGUGUAACAGAGAUUCAGGUUUAAGGCAAAACGAGCACUCCGAGGACGAGGAUAGUCCCCAUUUUUGAAGGUUUUUACGGGUUGGUAGCGAAUUGUUUAUGUAGCGAAUAGUGAAGUUGAAAAUGUUUUUUGGUAGUUUGGAUUGACAGGUUGGCCAAAUCGAAUUUACUUGGGGUAGUGAAAAUUUUGAGAUGCUGGAGAAGAAUGAACCUUGACAUUUUAACCGAUUUUCCAAUUUAUCUUCAUGAACUUCACGGAAUGACUUGAUUACUUCUUUUGUCGACGUAUACUGAUCAUAUUGGGUGUUAGUAUGAUUACAGGUCGACUUCCAGAGGUGGGUUAUUGAUUCAUUAGGAGAUGACUUCAAAGCACUGCGGAUAGUUGUUUGACAUUGUAUGAAUUUUGUUGAUGGGGGGAUAAUGUUCAGACCAAAUUUGUUACUGGUUAGGUAAAUGUUACUAAGUGAUCCAGAAAUAGGUACCUCAAGCCAUUUACGAAUGUAUUGUUUGAAAACUGAGUCCAGGUUUUCGGAAAUCCACGUUUUUUGAAUUCAUGCUAUAGUGAAAUGCCAUGAGAGUUUUGAAAGAACAUAGCGACUGUAGAGGAGAAUCUUGUUUUUCGGAUGUAAUGGCUUCAGAUCUAUUUCUUUCAUUAGGUCUGUCAAUAGUGAUACUAAUUCCGAUUUAUGUUCAUUAUUUGUCAUUUCGUAAUUAAAGUACCUUCCUAAAUAGCAGAAUGAUAAUAAUAAUAAUAAUAAUAAUGAUAAUAAUAAUAAUAAUAAUAAUAAUAAUAAUAAUAAUAGUAAAGAAACACUGGACUUUAAUACAAACGGCAGAACUGUUUUAAAGUGCUCUUUUUAGAUGUUGUAGAGCGGUGUUUUCUUCGUGACGUCGGCACGUCCACAUUUUUUUCAUUGUCCACGAUAUACCACAGACAUUCGUCGAUUUUUCGCCACAAAUAAAUGUAAAAUAGUCAGGACUGUUUGGCUACUUGCAGCCAGAAGGUGGAAAAAAUAGAUUCACUUGGUUUACAUCCGGGUAUAACUCAAAUUUGCCCAUAUUAGCAAGCUUUAAAUUGUCCCUUUCGUUUGCCUGAACUUUUCCUGCAAUGCCAAGAACUCUAUUCUUUUAUAAUCUCUAUGCUCAAACUUCGAAUCGGCCAGCUUGAUAUUUUUGGCGGGGGAAAAAGCGGAACACAACGCGAUACAGCGGGCAAAAUGACGUACUAAAUAACGGGACACUGUAUACUGGACGGUGGGUGAUAUGCAGUGUAGAAAUAUACCACUACCUGAAAAUAUGAGCAGAACUUCGACGUUUCGAACGAAGUCACCAACUACCCGACCAAGUGCCUUCGCACGAAACGUCGACGUUCUGCUUAUAUUUUUCGCGCCGUUGUAUUUCUCUCACACCUCAAUUACCAUGCACACUGCCGGACAUGUCAUUUUUAUGUCUUCCAGUUGUCACCCUGACGAAGGCGCAAAGACCCUAACUUUUACACUUUUAUGUAUAAAUGCAUUCCACUGCAGUGAGUAAUAAAAUUAAGUAAACCUUUUCAUUCAAAAACUUUAUUCCCUGUUCAUUUCUCCUGACACCAGACGAUUUUAUACUCGUGAGGGAAAGAACAUACACUCUGAAUGGAACCGCUUGCAUGCACGUUUUGUUAAUCAGGCAUGCAUGCCAUAAAAAGCUAGUCUAUGGAAUGAAGACGUACUUAAUAUCAACGUAUAGAUAUAUUACUAUUUAUAAUACUUGUCGAAUUUCAGAUUAAUCCAUUGCCAAGGGACGCGGGCAUAUAUGAUAUGAUAACCUUCAUACCGGAUUAUACAGGUAUAUAGCCUAUGGUAUUUAUAUAAAGAAUCCUCUCCCUGAAAAUAUUUCCCCAAUUAAGAUAUAUAAUUGUAUAAAAAUUUAGAUAAAACGAGAAAUUUUAAC